UGAGUCACGUAGGUGUUGUUCUGCCCCCUUUGACAGGUAAAAGAUGUCGCCAACCAGCACACAACGGCGACGUUCACCGAUCAGUAUAUUUUGCUCCGUUUUGUGAUUAGGUUUUGCAGUCAUACGGGAUGUUGCUCAGUUCUAAAGGCAGUUUCGCCCUAAACGGCUACAGCAGAAGGACUGAGUCGAAGCCAGUGUUGAAUGUAGCCUAGCAGCAGCCCGUGAAGGGAAGCCAUUGUUUGAGUUGUUGGCUAACAUGGCAACGGAAGCUAACGCCUGUAGCAUCGACAGCUGGAUGGGACUUACUGGUUUAUUGCAUCUGGACGGUUAUUUUGCAAGACAUAUUGGACCAAGAUAAUAUACUUUAUUUAAAAAUGUAAUUAUCAUUCUGCCUUCAAACGACUGAGGUCGUCCUUCAUGAUGCGUGUCUGUAACGAGUGGAGUGAGCAGUCCCCCUCUCCGUCUCCGUGGGUUAGCCUCACCGCUCCAUCAACCCUCUGAAGUGCGUCUGCCAUUCUCCCACAAUGACCAACAGGAAGGAGCCCCCCUUCUUUAAUGACGACAGCGUGGGAGCUUUUCAGUAUAAGCUUCCCUUCUACGACACUAUGGAGCUCUUCAUAGAAACCCUGACGGGGACUUGUUUUGAGCUGCGCGUCUUGCCCUUUGAAGCUGUCGUUUCAGUCAAAGCGAAGAUUCAGAGGCUGGAAGGUAUCCCUGUUGCACAGCAGCAUCUUAUCUGGAACAAUGUUGAGCUGGAUGAUGAUCAUUGUCUACAUGAUUAUGGAAUUGCAGAGGGCUGCACAUUGAAGCUUGUUUUGGCCAUGAGGGGAGGCCCAAUUAACACCAGGAGGGUAACUUUGGAGGAUCCUAUCAAGGAAGUGGCUGACUUGAUGGAGAGCACAAAGGAGGACAGUUGGGACAAAAACCAAACAAACAAGCAGGUCACGUUUGUUGUGUAUCGCGAGGGCGACCAACUGAGCUUCUUCCGAGUCGUUGACAGGGGAGACGGGACCCUGACUCCCCUCUCCGAGUCUCUAAGUGGUGGCUCAGUGUACAAUGUGUACGCUGAGGAGGAUGAAGAGAGUUCAGCAGCUGCACAGCACUGCCUGGAGAACUCAAUCACCAUGACCAAAAUGAAGCUGCUUAAAGCUAAGAUGGAGGACAUGAACCUUAAUAAAAAGAAGUCUGUUAAAGUAACGCCGCUGGCGCCUGCUGAUCCAAAUCCUGGCACCAGCUCUCUUGGACCUCCCAGCACACAACACCUUCAUCGCCUCUUUCGCUCCCUCCCACAGAUCAACCAGCCUUGGCAGACAAAUGCUCCACUGCCUCCAAUUGCUGACCCCUGUCCUCCCCCUGCUCCUGCAACCUCUGCCCACGUCACCGUCCACAGACGCUCUCCUCCUUCUUUCUCUUCGUCUUCAUGUUACAUGCUUCAGGAGGAGGAACCCUGGGAGGCAUGCCCGCCGUUUGCAAAAAUCCGCCCUCCUCCGAAAGUGUCUCGAAUGGAUAUUGGCAGCAGAUUGAUGAAAGACUGCGUUUACCCUCAGCUCCCACCGCUCUGCACCAGAGGGGCUAGCGAAUCCCCUUUUGACCCCGUUGAGCCGUCAGUGGAGGCAGUCGGGCUGAGUAUACUGGAGGAGCCGGUUGGACUUGUGGUACCAGCACAGCCUGGGGCGUCAUUUGGAGAACUCUCUGACCCUUUGAGCUUAGAUAUGUCCAUUCAGCAUGAGGGAGGUCACCAGACCAUUGAUGUGGGGGCUCAGCACCAGCUGCCACACUCUCCCUCCCCUCUCUGCCCCUGGACUCUAGGCACAAGCGACGCACUCACCAGCAGAGCUGAUGGAACCCAGCUUGGCGCGUCGGUACAUAUCGGCCCCCCCUCGCCGUUACCUGCCGCCCCCUCGCCUUCAGCAACCAGACUCCUCUCUCAGCCUUUUGACUCAACUCUUUGCAUACAGUCCAACCUACAAGCACAAUCCUCGCCAAAGUCAGGCAGCACAUCCCCUCAUCCUCCAGCCUCCCUAGCAACUCAUCCAACACGCCUUCGCGGCGUUAGAGUAGAGUCACCUGGCAAACGACCAGAGCUCAUUUCUAAGAGGGAAGCGAGAGGCAUCACUAAGAUGGUAAACCAAGCCUGUAAGGAGCCACUAGGGUCUCUAAACAACUCGGAGCUCUUUGCAUCCCUCUCCACCAGAGCUCCAGACAGCAGCAGCAGAGACGGCCUUGCAGAGAGUCUGGGCUUUGCACUGACCUUACCUCCUGCAGCCACUGCCUCAGGACAGAGCGGCCUUGGCUCCAGGCUGCCAUCCAUCCCUACCAACAAGUUUCUUCAGGAAGACCUCUUUAGACCAAUGUCGCCACUGCGCCGAGCUGCAGCUUCUUAUAGGACCAGUAACUGUCUUGCGUCAGCUGGAGGAGUCAUGGGUUCAUUUGGGACAUUAGGCACUCCAACGUACCACCUACCUCCAGUCAAGGCCCCCACUGGCUCCAAGAAGAAGAGCUCAAAGCACUGCUUCCUUUGCGGCAAAAAAACUGGACUAGCCACCAGUUACGAAUGCAGGUGUGGAAACAAUUUCUGUGCCACUCACCGUUACGCCGAGACACAUGACUGCUCUUAUGACUACAAGACUGCUGGGCGACGGUUUCUGCAAGAGACCAACCCUCUUAUCAGUGCUCCCAAGCUGCCUAAGAUUUAAACUGCAGAGCCCGCCACCACUUAUAGGGGACAAACAGAAGGACAACUCUGACAAACCGAGAGGGAGAAAAUGUACUGCAAAGGCAUUUUAAAGAGAAAUACUUACACCACUGUGUGCUUUUUUUUAUUAUUCUUAUUAUUUUACUCUGCCAAGGUUACUUAAAAUUUUAAUAAAUACUAUCUAUAAUCAAGUGUGGAACACUCAAGAGUGGACUGAAAUGGCACAGAACUUAUUAUCACCUCUUGACAAUGUGAAAAUAUGUCUUUUGUAUUCCUUACUUAGUUUAUUCCUUUUUGUCUUUAAAAUAAACUGCAUGUAUGUAGGUAGGUUUUUCUCUAUAUCUGCUGCACGUUUUGUUACUUUAUUAUUUUAUUUCCCGAUAGGACCGCUGUUGACUUCCUUUGACAAGUCUUAAAACAGAUGCACUUUAGAACUAUAUUUCUACAUCUAACUUUACUUCUUAGUGGGGAAAGCUGCGUACAUUUCUGUGCUUGUCUCUUGAAGUGUUGUUAUCCAGAUUUUUAUAUUCUGUACAUCUAAAUGUCUUUUCUUAACUGGGCACAUAAAUGCAUCAUUUAUAAAUAUAUUUUUUUUCUUUUGGAAAAAAACAA